AUGUCUGUCUCUGCAGUGGUGAUCCCCAACUCACUCGGACAAUACGAUGUGUUUUAUCACACGGCCAAAAUGGUCGAAAAGACCAGAGUCGAUCCCUUUGCUCCCACCCACUGCAAAGUCGCUCUCAAGAAGAAAGACUACCUGCCCCCCGCAACAGCCGAAUAUUACUCCGAACUAUACGGCGCAUACGGACUUCCUAACGGUUCGCUUCAAUCCAUCUCUUUCCAGGCAUGCCCAGAGCUGCCACGAGGCCAUCACCUCUAUUUUCCGGUGGUGAUCUUCUCGCCUGCUCUCGGCACGACACGACUGUUCUAUAAUGCCAUUGCGCAGGCUGUAGCCAGCGCCGGGUACAUCGUGGUGUCUCUUGACCAUCCCUAUGAUACCGAGUUUCUGGAGUUCCCAGACGGAAGCAUCGUGACUGCAGCAAACAUCAGUGACGCGCAGGUUCCACUAGAUCUCGAAACCAGAGCUCAGGAUGUGAGGUUCGUGCUGGAUCAGCUGGGCACAAAGGCUGGCGUCGCAGCCCUACUCCCUGGAACAGGGGCUGCGGGAUUAAGAACUCGGCACGUUGCGAUAUAUGGUCACUCAGUCGGGGGUGCAGCUACCGCCGCAGCCAUGCAUCUGGACCGUCGGAUUGUUGCAGGUGCAAACUUGGACGGGUCAAUGUUUGGACCGAAAGAGUUUUGGUCAAAUCUGCAGGGGUGGAAAUUAGAGCUGGAAGUCGCCAAGAUUCAACACUACGCAUUCUCCGACUUGCCGUUUCUAUUGAAGCUCCUGCGUCUGCCUGUUGAGAAGAUACCGGCCAUUCAAAUGAUGGUUGGAACUUUAGACGGAGCCAAGGGAUUUGAAAUUGUUCACCGAAACGUCGCUGCCUUCUUAGGCUUUGGGCUUGGCCAAACCUCGCAGUGUCCGCUUCAAGAGACAAUCUCGGAGUAUUCGGAGAUAUCGGUCUUUGCGCGCAGUAAAUGA